AUGCCUUCUAACGAAAACGCAUCAGCACGACCAUAUCCUCCAGGCAUCCACGUCCCGUGUCUCACCUUCUUCGACUCCACGGUCCGCCAAGAGAUCGAUUGGACCACGCAAAGCGCGCACAUUGCCUUCCUCGUCCGUUCCGGCAUCCACGGCAUCGUCCUUGCAGGCACAAACGGCGAGGCGAUCGCUCUCACCAGGCAAGAAAAGGCCGAGCUCGUUCGGCUGACACGGAAGAUUGCGCGGGAGGAGGGCCGGCCUGAACUGCCCAUUACCCUUGGCACUAGCGGGACAUCAACGCGCGAUGUAAUCCAUGAUUGCCAUGUCGCAAAGGAGGCAGGCGCUGACUUUGCGCUCGUCCUUGUGCCGAGCUUCUUUCACUUCGCGAUGACCAAAGAUGCGAUCUGCGAAUGCUUCGAAGAGGUUGCAGACGUCAGUCCUAUUCCAAUGAUCUUGUACAAUUUUCCAAACGUUGCGGCAGGGCUGAAUCUGGACUCGACGAUGCUGGAUCGGUUGGCGAAGCAUCCGAACAUCGUUGCGGUGAAGCUCACCUGCGGCGGUAUUGCGAAGAUCACCCGCCUGACCGCAUCCUACCCCCAGACACAGUUCUCCGCUCUUGCCGGUCAGUCUGACUGGCUCAUACCCGCAAUGUCGGUUGGAAGCACGGGCUGCAUUACAGGGGUUGGCAACCUAUACCCCAAGUGCUGCAUCGCCGUCUAUGAUCUGUACAACGUCGGCAAUAUCGAAGAAGCACAGAAGCUUCAAUAUCAGCUUGCGGUACCAGAGCUAGGCUUCGGUGACGGUGGCAUCAACGGCACGAAAUGGGUCGUGAGCGAACUUCUGGGAUACCCUGCGGAGGCACGCCACUGUCGGAGACCGUACCCCAAGUUCAAUGACCCAGCGAAGCAGCGGUGGAUACUUGAUCAGGUCUCGGUUCUGGAGGCUGAAGAGAUCAGACUAAAGAAGAUAGGCAAGCAGUAAUAAUACUCUUGCA